UAUGGUAAUUGAAUUUAAUUUUUUCAGGUUCCCUUUUGUGUUGAUGGGCUAUGUCGGAUUGGUAUAAAAAUGGUUAAUUUUCAUACGAAAUGGAUGAGUUACUUCUAAUCACUAGUGUGCAACCUCGCAACACAUUACACAUUCAAGUGCAUCUCGAUGUGGUUUUAUCAUCUCAACUAUUGUAGCUACUCGUAGUUGUAGAACAUGCUUUAGUGCAUUUGUGAUAUAUUUUAUGUCAUUCAAAUUUGGGUCCGAACAUUUUCCUCUCUUCUCAACUCCUACUUUCGAGUUGGAUGUGAAGAGACCCGUUUUACCACUCGUUAAGCAAAGUUAAAAAUUUUCAUUUGAGCUUAUCUCCAUUCAAAAGUCGAAUAGGAUUAUACCGACAAACGGUGACACAUGAUCGGGUCCACAUUUAUAUGACUAUUUUGAAUAUUGACUAUUUUUAAUGGAAGAAGAAUAGUUUUGAUAUCUAAUUUAUGGGUGUGCAUUUUAGGAUGCUUUUUCAUUAUGGGGCCUUAUUUCUUUGAUGAAUCAUCAUUGAGCUUUAGUCAAGGUGAUGAAUGUGACAAAAUUAAUAACGCGUGGAGCCCAAUCAACUUCAUUGUACAAUGACAAUGGAUGAUGCAUUAGUUCACACACCAACCCCUCUUUUGUCUAACCUAAUAUUCAUUGUUAUAAUUUGUAAAUAAAUAUUUUGGAUUUGAUUAGUUGCAAAGUGUUUCGAUCCCAUAAAGAAACAAUUAGCGAGAAUUAAUAAUCUAGAGUAUACAUUAAUUAAUUAGGUGACUCAACCCCUCUUAUUUCUUAAUGUUGGCAGCUUAGAAGACAAAAAUCUUAUCACCCUAAACCAAAUGAUUGUUUUAUUAGUUGAAAACUAAAAGAAGCCAUGAAAAAAUAUAAAAAAUGUUAUUUUAACUACAUUACUCUUAGCUGUUUUGUAACACUCACUUAAACAUAUAAAUAAUACUAUUGCUUUGUCCACUUAAUUAUCACAAUUUAUGCUUUGGCUAGUAGGUGAAGGAACCAACCUACUUGAUCAAUGCCUAUAGAGAAAAGUGACCUAAAACGAAAUUUUAUUAAUUGAACAAUGAACCAAAGGAAAGAAGGAUAUAACUAAAAAAGAAUUCAGAUGUCAAUAAUUUUUUAUGAGUAUACUCUUUUUAUAUAUUAUUUUCGUAAUUUAGGUGAGACGUACUAUCCAUAUUAAAACUUGUUCAUAUGCGGGUUCGAGAUAGAUCCACCUCUUGAAUGAUUUACGGAUGAUUAAAGUGUUACUUGUUAUAUAUACGAAUCUGAGUGGUUUUGGUACACAAAAUACUUAAAAAUAGCGAUUCAUAAACAUUACCACUACCACCAUGGACGGUUUCGGAGACAAAAGUUACCCAUUAUUUGUCAAAAUUUCUUUGUUAUUGGAAAUUUGGAAUUCAUUUGAUACUUAAAAUACCAAUCCGAGCAUCACCGUCAAGACCUUAUCCUCUCAACAAGACAAACUUCCCACCUCUCCAGCCUCAACUCAUAUAAGGAUUCGAAAUUUGUCCUCCAAACAAAACAAUAAAAACCCAAGAAAAAAGAAAUUCUCAGAACAAGAAUGGCAACUCCAUUCCUCUCAACAGCAAACACCUUCCUCUCCCCAUCUCACCCUUCCCCAACAUCUCAAUCACCAUUACCUCAUUCCUCAUCUUCUUCACUAGCAGUUCUACAGCCCUCGAGGACAGCCAAGAAGCUCCCCAAUUUAUGCAGAGCUUCCAAUGAAUCCUCAUCAGCAGCAGAAUCCCCUGAUGUAGUGACCAAGAGGAGAAGCUUAGCGAUUUGCCUAAUCACUGGCCUUGCUUUCUCAUCACUGCCCAAUGCAGCAGACAUGACUACUUCUUCUGCUCAUGCUGCUAUACUGGAAGCUGAUGAAGAUGAUGAACUCAUGGAGAAAGUGAAGCUGGACAGGAAGAGGAGGAUUGAGAGGCAAGGGGUUCUCAACUCUGCCAAGAAAGAAACUGGGUAUUUGCAAGAUGUGGUUUACAAUCUGAGUAAAGUAGGCCAAGCUAUAGAGAACAGUGACCUACCUGCAGCUGGUUCAGUUCUUGGCAAAGGGACCAAUGCUGAUUGGGUUCAAAAGGCCAAUGUAGCCUUUGCCAAGUUGAGCUCGGGCCCUGAAGAGAAAACCGAAGUGGACACCUUCAACUCCUCCCUAGCUUCAUUGAUUUCUUCAGUCGUUGGCAACGACAUCGAAUCCUCGAAAGUCGCCUUCUAUGCAUCAGCCUCAGCUUUCGAGAAAUGGACCACCUUGACUGGCAUAAUUACACAGCUCAAAGGGCUCUGAAUAUGGCAAAACACACAAAUUGGCAUCUUCAUUUUCUAAUUGUCCAUUCAUUCAAAAGGGCAAUCCUUUCCAAUUGCGACUUGCGAGCAUUGACUGUAUGUGAAGAGCAACCGAGUCUUCCUGUAUCUGCAUUUUAUACUUCUCCGAUUUUGAGAAAGUUGUAACCUCCGGCUAGAACUUGUUUGAGUUACAAAGUUCGGCUCUACUUCUUCAGUAGGUAGUAAUGUAAAAGUUUCUCACCUGAAAAGGUGAAAAGUUAAAUUCCCACAGAACGCCUUGCGUAGAUUGUGUAGGUAAAUUACUCUGAAUCAAAUCACAAGCAAUGGAUGUAUGACCAGCAUUAAAUCUCUAGUACAGAGCUUAUUCCCACAACAGCAGUACACAGCAGUAAACCGACAGCAUACAACUGUUACAAUUCUUACUACA